CUUUCUCUCCUCUCUCUUUCUCCAGAGACUCUGAUGGACACGAAGUGGGUGACCUCUGAGUUGGCAUGGACAACUCAUCCGGAGACGGGGUGGGAAGAAGUCAGCGGGUAUGACGAGGCCAUGAACCCCAUCCGCACGUACCAGGUGUGCAAUGUGCGGGAGGCCAACCAGAACAACUGGCUUCGCACCAAGUUCAUCCAGCGCCAGGACGUCCAGCGCGUCUACGUGGAGCUCAAGUUCACCGUGCGGGACUGCAACAGCAUUCCCAACAUCCCCGGCUCCUGCAAAGAGACCUUCAACCUCUUCUAUUAUGAGUCAGAUACGGAUUCUGCCUCUGCAAACAGCCCUUUCUGGAUGGAGAACCCCUAUAUCAAAGUGGAUACAAUUGCCCCAGAUGAGAGCUUCUCCAAGCUGGAGUCUGGCCGCGUGAACACCAAGGUGCGCAGCUUUGGCCCGCUAUCCAAGAAUGGCUUUUACCUCGCCUUCCAGGACCUGGGAGCCUGCAUGUCCCUCAUCUCUGUCCGGGCUUUCUACAAGAAAUGCUCCAACACCAUUGCUGGCUUUGCUAUCUUCCCGGAGACUUUAACGGGGGCUGAGCCUACCUCUCUGGUCAUCGCACCGGGCACCUGCAUCCCCAACGCGGUGGAGGUGUCUGUACCCCUGAAGCUGUACUGCAACGGCGAUGGCGAGUGGAUGGUACCUGUGGGAGCAUGUACGUGUGCUGCUGGAUACGAGCCGACCAUGAAGGAUACCCAGUGCCAAGCGUGUGGCCCGGGAACCUUCAAAUCUAAGCAGGGGGAAGGUCCCUGCUCUCCCUGCCCUCCCAACAGCCGGACUACCUCCGGAGCAGCGACGGUCUGCACGUGUCGAAAUGGCUUUUUCCGGGCAGACACGGACCCCGCAGACAGUGCCUGUACCAGCAUCCCCUCCGCUCCCCGCAGCGUCAUCUCCAACGUGAACGAGACGUCGCUGGUGCUGGAGUGGAGCGAGCCGCAGGACACGGGCGGACGGGACGACCUGCUCUACAACGUCAUCUGCAAGAAGUGCAGCGUGGAGCGGCGCCUGUGCACCCGCUGCGACGACAACGUGGAGUUCGUGCCGCGCCAGCUCGGCCUCACCGAGCGUCGCAUCUACAUCAGCAACCUCAUGGCCCACACCCAAUACACCUUUGAGGUCCAGGCUGUGAACGGCAUCUCCAACAAGAGCCCGUACCCGCCCCAUUUCGCCUCCGUCAACAUCACCACCAACCAGGCAG